AUGGAAUUUGAGAAAGCCGGAGCUGAAAGGAAGUUGCAACUGCAAGAAUUAGAAAACCUUUGCCUAGAAGCUUAUGAGAACUCCAGGCUGUACAAAGAGAAGGUGAAGGCUAUGCAUGAUAAGCACAUCAAGAGGAGAGAGUUCCAACCUAGGGACUUAGUCCUCCUUUACAACUCCAGAUUAAGGCUCAUGCUAGGCAAGUUGAGAUCAAGAUGGGACGGUCCCUAUCGAGUAGAGAAGGCUGAGCCAUACGGAGUCUUUCACUUCAGUCAUCCUUCAAGCUCUGAAUUCAUCAAGGUCAAUGGACAUCGCCUAAAGCUAUAUCAUGGUGAAAAGAUGCAGAAGAACAAGGAGCUAGAGAUCUUCCUCUUGGAGGAUCCACCAACAGCAGGAGACUGA